AUGGCACGAAGACGAGAUACCGACUUCUCUUGUCAUACCGCAAGUACCCAAAACACGAGGCACAGCAGUGAAUCGUUUGAUUCAACCAGCACUACCCCUACCUCCUUGUAUGACAGCCCUAGACCGUCCACAAAGGAGUCAGGAUCCCAAAGUCCCAAGUUCCAGGCGCCAUGCUACGAGGAGGAUCUGUCACCGGCCACGAGCUUGUACCCACGUUCAUCGGUCGACACAUAUUCAUCGCGGGCCUCGAGUGCUGAAUUCGAGGACGACUCGGACGCGGAGGAGAGCCUAGAGUACUCGGACAUUCCCCCGUUGCCCGCCUACCGCCAUGACAUUGAGGAAAUUAAUGUCAGACCUUCCAACCCCGAGGAUUUCGCUGCACUGUUCCCUUCUAUGAACAGGUUGACUAUUCGUCACGACGACUUCACAACUGACGGCAACAUGAACCUGCGGGUGGACACUGUCGUUUUGGGAAGACGGAAGAAGACGAUCCAAUUGUUUCACUUAAGAAUGUAUGACCUGAGCAAGCGCGAGUUCUCUCUCCGACGGUAUUGCCGGGAUUCUGGCCGCGAAGUAUGCAACUCGAAACGCAAAUAUAUCGAGCCCACCAUCACAGCUCGUCCCAAAUUAAAGCGGUCGAUGUCGAAUGCAAUGAAAUCUUUAGCAAGGAGGCCGCAGGUUACCCGGGCUCCCACUGGUGGUUCGGUCUUUUCACCUAAGACCCGACCCGGAACGAGCCAUUCUGCUACCUCCGCCGACUCGGACUCUACGGAUGGCAUGACUAGUGCCAUCCCCAUCGACAAGAAGCAAAAGGUUCGCCCUAUGGCUACGAACACAAUUAAACUCGAAUUCUCCAACUACGCUCGCGUCGAUAUCUCACGAUGUGGAAACAAGAACACUAAGAGAUAUGAGUUUGAAUGGUGGGGUCACAAGUACUCUUGGAAGCGAGUGUGGGACAGGCUUACGGAUUCCGUCUCAUACCACCUCCUCCGAGAUGGUCAGAACCACACGCCUGUAGCACACAUCGUUCCCGAAACCCGAUCACCAACCCAAAUUGAUGCCGAUGAGCAAGCCGGCGGUUGGGUACCUCCUUGUCACAUGUGGAUCAGCGACGAGAAGUUGAUUGAUGCCAAGACUGACGUUGCCGACAUUGUCGUUGCAACUGGUCUAAUGGCACUUGUCGACGAUUGCAUCAAGGAACGUUGGCAGACGAAGAAGGUCCACCGCAUUGGACUCCCACUCAUGUCCAGGUCUCUGGACGUUAGCCCGAAAGCAUUUGUACAACAGAUGUUUGCGCGCCGGAAUUCGGAUCAUCACCCAAGCCCAUUACGGUUUCAAAAGGCUGUAGCUGCUUGCUGA